AUGGCGGAUCAGCAGUCUGGCAUAGCCAUUGUGGGAGCCGGCGUAGGCGGCCUAGCUUUUGCUAUUGGCCUCACCCGCCACAGCAUUCCCUUCACCAUCUACGAAUCCGCGCCAGCCUUCUCGACUGUCGGCGCUGGCGUAGGCCUGGGCCCCAACGCGCUCCGAGCCAUGGACCUCAUCGACAAGCGGUUCCGCGACAUGUACAUGGAUGUUGCCACGGGGAACCUGAACCCUGAGAAGAAGCACGUCAUGAUGGAGGCCAUGCGCAUGGAAGAAGGGUUGGGUCAGGGUGAGAGCUGGUGGGGCCAUGGCGAAUGGGGGGCGCCGUACUUUGAGCGGACAGGGGCUCACAGAAAGGACCUCCUGGACAUCAUGACAAGCCUCAUCGACAAAGACGCCGUCCGGUUCAACAGCACAGUGGUGGACAUUGAACAAAGCAACGACCAGGUCGCGUUGACCUUUGCCGACGGACGGGUUGCAGGCCAUGCGGCAGUGAUAGACUGCGGUGGCAUCAGAGGCCUCGCGAGGCGCAUCGUCCUCGCGGACCACUUCCCAGAGGCCGUCGAGCCGCAGUACACGCACAAGUACGUCUACCGCACGGUCGUGUCUACUGAGGACGCAACGGAGAUGCUCGGGGAGCUGGCCACGGACGCGAAGAUGUUCGUCAGCAGGGACGCGAAUCUCUCAACGUAUCCGAUCAGCAAAGGCAAGCAGGUGAACGUGGUCGCUUUCAAGCGCGAUCCGCAUCCAUGGCAGCACGCCCGAGGCACUCUCGAGGUCGACAGGAAGAGCAUGCUGGAAGACUUUGGCGGCAUCGGCAUGGACAAGCGGUUGUCGCGAUUGCUCGAGCACGUUGCCCCGAUCCGCUGGCCCAUCUUCGACCACCCCACCACCCCAACCUACCACAGCGGGCUGCUCUGCCUCCUCGGCGACGCCGCGCACGCCAGCACCCCCCACCAAGGCGCCGGCGCCGGCCAAGCCCUCGAAGACGCCCUGAUUCUCACCGUCGCGCUGUCAAAACUACACUCCACCCUCCCUCUCUCGCUUCUCGCCACUCCAUCCCCCGCCCGCACCGCCGCCUUCACCGCCGCCUUCACGGCGUACGACGAGGUGAGGCGGCCGAGAGCGCAGAGACAGGUCGCCACGGCGCGGGAGUGCGGCGAGCUGUACAACCUGCGGGAUCCGAAGACGGGGGACGCCAUGGGUGUGGAGGAAGUGCUGGGCGAGUUGCGGGGCCGGUUCGAGUGGCUGUGGAGCCAUGAUCUCGAGGGGGACGUUGGGGGGGUGGAGGACAGGGUCCGGGUGUUGUUGAGAGAGGGCGGGGUGUUGUAG